AUGGAUAGCCCUGGUCACACUGCUCAGUACUGUUCUUAUACAUUCAUGGAGUAUGACACCAAAACCAUUCUGCAUAUAAUCACUAUGGACAAGCGAGUGACAGAGAAAAAAAAAGCACACAUCCGGGAAAGCUUGCUUUGUUCAGGGCUUGCGAUAUCUUCCGGACAAGGGACUUCAUAUUGUGAAGUUGUAACAGAUGCUCAUGUACAAGUUGCUUCAGUAAUGAAAAAAGACUUCCCAGACAUAAGACAUUCUUUUGAUAUAUGGCACGGGACGAAAAACUUAGGCAAGAAAAUCAUCAAGGCAGGUCAGCAGAAAUCCCAAAAAGCUAUCCUGUCAUGGACAAAAGAUGUUGUCAACCAUUACUUGUACACAGCUAGCAUCUCAAGCACAAAGGAGGAGUUUGUUGGGAAUUGGAUAGGAAUCCUCCAUCACACAGUUAAUGUUCACACAUGGGUUUUACCCUAUAGUGACAUUAAUGAAUGCAACCAUGGACCACUGACUGAAGAGAGAACAAAAGGGUGGUUAGAAAAGGAUUCUCCAGCACAUGUGGCUCUUCGGGAAAUUGUGUUAGACAAACGUCUCCAGAACAAUGUGCCUUACUAUCUUAACUGCAGGAGCACAGCAGAACUUGAAAAUUUCCAGAACGUAGUUAAUGCAUAUGCAUCCAAGCAUCACUCCUACAACCCACCUUUAUAUAGGUGCAGGAAUCGACUUGUGGCCUUGGACUAUAACCACCAUAUAAACAGAAACGUUCUUGUCAAAAAAGAUGGAGCAACACAAUAUCAGAGGAGCUACAACAAAAAAAGUGGAAGAUGGGCAGUUCAUCCUGUGAAAGAGAAGCAAAAUUUUCCGUAUAUCCCAUCUUUGCAGGAGAAGAUUCUAUUGUCAAGAGUGACAGAUGAAGUAGGGAUGAACCAACCCGUGGUGCUGGAGGUAGAUGAUCCAAGAAGAUUGUCAUCUCAUCUGACUCCAGUCCCACCCCUCUCACUGAACAGCUUGUUGUCAAGCAGAAGUGAAGGUUUCUACAACAAGAAAGAGACAAUUGACAUGUCUUGA